AUGGGACAGCCAAAUAUGUCACAGAGCAAUGCGGCCGGAGCAUGCUUGACGGCCGCCAGUUCGUCUUACACAACGUCGGCCACUACCCGUACUACUCUUACCGAAGAAUCCCCGCUAUUUAUUCACCCAGAUCCCGGUCAACAAGACGAAGAUCGCAAAGCCCGGAAUAGUGAGAUCCCUGAUGGGGGCCUCUUGGCCUGGACACAGGUUCUGACUGGACACCUGGUUGUGUUCAAUGUAUGGGGCUAUAUUACAUCAUACGGCUUUUUUCAGGAAUACUACGUCAAAACUCUCGAUGUCAGCCCAGCGAAUGCAUCUUGGAUCGGAGCGGUGCAGAUGUUCCUUGUCCAUUUCCUGGCCACUGUCUCAGGCCGAGCGAUGGAUGCGGGUUAUCUAAGACAAUGUAUCACCCUUGGGUGUUUCUUUCAAGUCGCCGGAGCAUUGGCGACCUCAUUUGGCACAAAGUUAUGGCAUUUUUGGCUAGCGCAAGGAAUCGUCAGUGGAAUUGGCCACGGGCUCGUCUUUAGCCCCAUGAUCUCGCUGUAUGCGACAUACUUCAACUCCAAGCGAGUGAUGGCCGUCUCACUGGCUUCUUGCGGUGCAGCGACUGGAGGGAUGGUUUUCCCAGUGGUUGCGUACCAAUGUUUCGACAAUAUUGGCUUCGCAUGGACUGUCCGGAUCAUGGCGGCCAUUAUCCUGUUCAACAGCGUUAUAAUUGUCAAGUUUACCAGAUCUCGGAUUAUACCUCGGAGUCCUCCUCCCUGGGUUGAUUUCAGCGCAUUCUGUGAACGCCCUUACCUCCUUUUUUCGAUCGGCUCAUUCCUGAUCUUCGAGGGUAUUUACUUUGCAUACAUCUAUCUCAGACAAUAUGCUCAGGCCCACACGGGCUUCACCGCAUCUGACUCACUUCUUCUUCUAAUCCUAAUGAACGGCGUUGGUGUUCCAUCUCGCAUUGCAUCUGCAUUUGUGGCAGACCGGUGGCUGGGUGCGGUAAGGACUUGCAUUGCAGUCUCUAUCCCUUGCGGCAUCGCCAUUCUAGGGUGGAUUGGUGUACACACACACGUUGGCAUGUUUAUUUGGGCCACAGUCUAUGGGUUACUUGUUAAUUGUGCGCAAAGCCAAUUGCCCGCUGCCAAUGCGUACUUUGGAUCCAAAGACCCGGAGAAGUCCGGCACACGUGUUGGGAUGAUCACCACGAUCAAUAGCAUUCCACUACUGACUGGACCGUAUAUAGCAGGACAGCUGAUCGCGUUACGGGGAGGUGAUUACCUGUACGCGCAACUGUUCGGGGGUAUUUGCAUUUUAACUGGAGCGUUGUUUGUGCUCUUCUCACGGGCCUCCACCAACGGAGCAUUACACAAAAUGGCCCUCAGACCUCUCCAUUACCACCUUCCGUUGUUCCCAGGAUUCCAACUGCUGGACGUUGCGGCCCCACUGGACAUUCUCAACAUUCGCACACAGUACCCUGACACAUCAGCCAUCACCCUGACUGUAUCAGCCGCAACUCUUGACCCGGUUUCAGUGAAACCAAUCCCUCCUCCCAAGGCAAAAUGGCGAUUUGAUCUACCCGACCCAAAGCUCAAUACAGCUUGCAACCAACAAAUGUUGCCGCAAUGUACAUUCGCUGACGUGAUCUCUGCCCUGAAAGCGGGGAAAGUUGCCGACGAUGGCAGGGGUGAAUUCAAACCGAUCGAUGUAUUGAUCAUCCCAGGUGGCCCGGGAACACGUCUGACCCGUAUUUACAACACUAAUACUACAUUCGAUAAAGUCAAAGUCUCCAACACGCAGGAGGUUCAGGACUUUCUGACAGCGGUUGCGCCCUUUGUCCGCCAUAGCAUCAUUACUGUUUGCACGGGCAGCCAUGUUCUCUCGCAGACUGGGCUUCUAGAUGGACGCCAGGCAACAACGAAUUCAGCCCGCUACAAUCAUAUCUCUAAACAGAUUGGCGAUGUGAAAUGGCAGCGCAACAGACGGUGGCUGCGUGAUAGUGUUCCCAAAGAUGCGGUGUCUGACGGCCUGUCAUUGUUACCUGGGAUUGAGCUAUGGUCAUCUGCUGGAAUAACUGCAGGGAUUGAUGUAAUGCUGGAGUUUAUUUCGGCGCAUUAUGGUGGUAUCCAAGUCGGGAUAGAGACUGCGAAGCGCAUGGAGUAUCGCUGGGAGCGGGAGAAGGGGGCUUCUUACUUCUUGUGA